CAUCCCUUCAUUGUAAAUUGUUUUUUUAGCUCCGUUUAUUCUCCUUUAAAUAUCUUUAAUUCAUCGUAAAUGAGUUGCAGCGGAGACAGCGAUGAUGACAGCAGUAGCUGUAAGCGGAAGGUGGCUUAUGUUUACAGCCCGGAAUACAUCCAGACUUGCGAUAGUUUAUCCAAAGUACCAAACAGGAUGAGUUACCUUGAAACAAAAGUAUGGUCCACUCACUGAUAGAAGCCUACGGACUCCUUAAACACAUGAGCGUCGUUAAACCUCAGGUAGCGACCAUCGAGGACAUGGCCAAGUUCCACACAGACUCUUAUCUGGAGCAUCUUCACAAGAUCAGCCAGGAUGGAGACAACGACGACCCGCAGUCCGGAGACUACGGCCUGGUCAGCUGUGAUUUCAGGUUGUCAUGCUGCGGCCCGCCUCCUCCCCAUCCACCUCCUUUCAUCAUAUCCAGUGCCAGGAGAGUUAAUCCAAAGACCUCAUCACACCUCCUCUUCAUCCCAUCUCCUCAUCAAAUCCAGAUCUUCAGCAUCAUCACCAGUGUCUAGACCCCGGGGGGUUCCCUAUAUGCUCACGGCUGCAUUUCCCCCUUUAGAUAUAUGAUUUCAGGAUCGGGGUCUAAUCGCCAAAGACUUAACAUUUAUCAUAUGGCAUGUGUCAAUGAAUGUUCUUUAAACAAAAUGAAGUCUCUCCUGAUUGAACUGUGAAUGAGCAACACAUCAUUAUUUGUUUCUUUACCAGGUCAAAUGUCUGCUUUGAAAAAGGACUUUAUCUCUCCUGCUCCAUGUUUAAGGGAGCCUCUGUUCCUCAAGCUUCUGCACUUUACGUUGCUUUUUAAAAACUGACACGUUAUUGACAUUUAUAUUCACAUUUAAGUGUCUAACUUGGGUUUUUCCUUUUGCACUUAAAAGCACCAAGUCUUUAAAUCAACAUAAAAAAGUGUAUGUAUUCAACAUUCAACAGCGUUAGCUCCCAGGAGGUGUUGCUGGUGGAACAGGGGCUAGUUCCACUCAUUUCUGUAAAUCCAUACAAUCUUUGACCUUUGAUCUUGGUACUUAUUUUAAUGUUAAUUGAUAUUCCCAAAAAUGUCUUCGGCUUUUGGGAAAGACAGUUCAAAAGAUAACUAAUAAACAACAACAAACACCUAAAGUCAAAUAAUCAUUGGUAGCUGGAUAAUGUGUAAACCAAAUCCUGGUGAUCAACUCUUUGUUGGAUUUUUCAUAUUUUGUGUCAAUGUGAUUUUAAUUAAGAUUUCCUUACCUGUAACAGUAAUUAUUUAUUCAUCUUAGAACAUGGAAAGAAAAUGUGUAAUCUUAUUAGGAAGACUGAUGAAAGAAAAUGUAUUGAGAUACAAAUGUUAAUGACACAUUGUUUGACAUGGUUAAGAUUUGAGUAACAAUUAAAGCAGGACUUUAACAUCUGAA